CCAUUCUCAAUCUCUUUCUCUCGGCCAAUAGAAACCAUGGCUGAUCUGAUCCUCGGGAGCAUCGUGGAUUCCAUCACCGAACAUCUCGUUUCCCUCAUUGCCCGGGAGAUUGGGUUAACAUGCGGUGUCAAACGCGAGCUCGAGAAACUCCAGGGCACUGUCACUGCUAUUGCUGCUCUGCUUCGUGACGCUGAAAAGAGACGGAUUGAGGCUGACGUCGUGAAAGACUGGCUUCAGAAGCUGAAAGUUGUGGUUUACGAUGCUGACGAUCUGUUGGAUGACUUCUCCACUCAAGCCCUGCGUCGUCGGAGAGUGGUGGGAGGAGUUAAGUUAGUUCUGAAUGAGGUGCGUAUCUUUCUCUCCUCUUCUGAUCAGCUUGUUUAUGCCAGUAUGAUGGCACAUCGAGUCAAGGAGAUUAGAGAGAGGAUCGAUGCCAUUAACAGUGAUAAGUCCGCUUAUAAGGCCGAGGUAAAUAGUGGUAAUACUCUUGGGGUUUUGGUGGAGAACCAACCUAGGCCGGAAACACAUCCGGACAAGCAUGAACGAUAUGUGGUUGGAAGAGAUGAAGACAUAAAAGAAGUCAUCAAGUUUUUACUCAAUCCUGAUUUUGAGAAGAAUGUAUCUAUCCUACCUAUAGUUGGGAUUGGAGGCCUCGGGAAAACAACUUUAGCAAGACAGGUAUUCAACAACGACAGCAUUAAGGAAUAUUUCUCUGUUAAGCUUUGGAUUUGUGUGUCAACAAAUUUUGAUGUGGUGGAAAUUAUGAGGAAGAUAGGUAGAGAAGAGCUCGAUGGGAAGAAGUUUUUACUUGUGUUAGAUGAUGUAUGGAAUGAAAAUCGGUCUAAAUGGUUGGAACUUGAAGAAUUUCUUAUGAAUGGUGCAAAAGGCAGUAAAAUAUUGGUGACCACUCGCCAUCUUAAAGUGGUCAAAACUAUGACUCCACCAACAUAUCAUGAGUUGAGGGGCUUACCUGAGGAUCAGUCGCUCGCUUUGCUAAUGCGAAUGGCAGGGAAGCAAGAACACGAGUGGAAAACUCAUAAUUUAGAAGAGAUCGCAAAAGAAAUUCUGAAGAAGUGUGCUGGAGUUCCCCUUGCAAUCAAGACGAUUGGGCGACUGUCGGUAUUUUUGAGAAAUACGGAGGAAGACUGGUUGAACUUCAAGUAUAAUGAAUUAUCGAGAAUAAAUCAGGAGGAAAGUGAUAUUAUGCCAUCGCUAAAGCUCAGUUAUGAUUUUUUGCCAUCACAUUUGAAGCAGUGCUUUGCUUACUGCUGCUUGUUUCCAAAAGAUUACGAGCUAGACCCAUCUGAGCUCGUUCAUCUUUUGAUGGCACAGGGAUUUAUCAAACCCCUGGGCAAUAGGAAGACCCAGCUCGAAGAAGUCGGCCAUGAUUAUUUUAUGGAGCUGCUUUCGAGAUCCUUUUUCCAGGACAUAAAAGAAGAUCUUUAUGGCAACAUUUCGGGAUGCAAAAUGCAUGCUUUGAUGCAUGACCUCGCACAGUCGGUUGCAGGAGAUAAUUGCAUCACCAUUGACAGCUCCCAUGAGAAAAGUAUCCCACCAGGAGCUCGCCAUGUAUCCAUUGACGAUCUGUUGGUGUUGGAAAGCCGAUUUGAGGGAGGCAAAAGAUUAAGGUCCCUGCUUUUCACCAAUGAGGUUUUCCAUUUUGGAGAGGUUAUUCAUUUGGAUGUCUCAUGUUUCAGAAAUCUACGGGCGCUACGUAUUGAUGGUGCAGGCAUAAAUAUGAUAUCCGGUUCAAUCGGUAAACUGAAGCAUUUGAGGAGCCUCGGUCUAUCAGGGAAUGAUUUUAAGUAUCUUCCGAACUCUAUAAGCGGGUUGUGCAAUCUAGAGACGCUUAAUCUUAGAGGUUGUAGGAGUCUAGAGAGAUUACCCAGAGGCUUGACGAAGUUGGUUAAUUUGAGACAGCUUGAUGUGAGUGAUUGUGAUGAGUUAACACAUAUGCCAAGGGGGAUUGGGAAGUUGACUAAUCUGCAAAUGCUAGGUACAUUUGCGGUGGGGAAGGAUUCGAUUCGAGAUGAUGCUGCAGGGUUGAAUGAGUUGAGCAAACUUACUGGAUUGAGGAAACGAUUAACUAUCCAAGGCUUGGAAAGACUGAGAAGUGUUCCGAGCGGGUUGGAAGCUUCCUUCUCAAUUGAGAAGUUAGCUCUCCAAUCACUGACGCUGAUAUGGAAGCGUUCCCUAGGUACGGAGGCUGAUGCAGAAGUUUUAGAAAGACUUCGGCCCCAUCCAGAUCUAAAGGAAUUGAGGAUAGAAGGAUACCGUGGUGUCCAGCCUUCAUCCUGGAUUUCUCAACUUCAUAAACUAGUCCGUAUUGAGUUUUGGCAUUGUUAUAAUUUUUCAUAACGAUUAUCACAUCAAUUUUUUAAUUAUAAAUUCUUCAA